AUGGCUCCGAAAGCUUUGACGGAUUGCCCCGAGAACCUACGAGAGGCGAUCGACUGGCUCAUCCAUGUGAAGCAGGGUGACGGGAUUCCAAAGCUGUCCUACGCCCUGAGUAAGUUGUUCGACAAUGUUGUUCAGGACGCUCAGAAAUCUCUGUGGUCUCUCCCCGAAUCACAUCACACGUCCGCCAGAGAUGUUAUUGGCAAGCUUCAAACGUUUCAGAACGCUGUUACGAAAAACUCUGAGAAUCCUAAUCAAGACACUUUACAUAAUCUCUGUUCCGCCCUUGAGACAUUUUUAGGUUAUCGGUCGCCUGGAACCUACGACGGUUCCGGGAUUGUGUACGGCGACGCCUCCCGUUUGUGCGACGCCAUUGUGGCGUUUUUGUAUAGAGUGUUCAGUGACGUCCGUGAUAAUCAGCCGUACGUUGUUGGUAGAGUUUUGUUAGGUGGCUUAGUUGGUGACCUCGAAAAGGCCAGGUGGAGUGGCCACCAUGGCUUCAAGCAUGUCAUCCCCAAAGUGGCUGCUGGCCUCGGGGCGUACAACGACGCUGUCAAAGCUUCCAAUGACAGAGUCAAGAGGCCGAUUGAUGACAUGAUCGCAUAUGUGGCACAGGGUGGUGAGUUGCUUAAACGCGUUAAUGGUUUGCAGGUAGAGAGUGUUACUGAGGAAGAGGUUAAGAAGGCCGAGAGGCUGGUGGAGGAAUGUCAAAAACGUGCUGACGCAUUCUACAAUGAUAUGAACAAAGUGGCCAGCACAACUAGCGCAAUAAAAGACCUAAAUCCUACGUUGCGUGAUAAAGUCAUGAGUGCUAAGAAACAUAUGACUCAAGAAAGGAAGCGUCUUCAGAACCUGACGAGGAAGGAGAGAGACAACUUGGAGGCCAUGACAAAAAUUAUCAGAAAGGCUUUGAGGGAGCUCGAAAACAAUGUGAGCAAUAAGAUCGGUGAGCAAAUUGAUGCGCUCGUUGCAAAGGUAAAAGCUAUGGUCGAAAAAAUUAGAGACAUGCUGAUUAAGAUUUACGAUAGUCUGGGAAAAUAUGUCGACGAGUUGGAGGCUUGGAUCACGGAGGCCAAGAAAUUCAUUGCAUUCGCGGAGAGGAAUGUGAAAAAAAUGUUGAAUGAAGUCACAGUAAAUGAAAGCGGUGAUAAGCCGGAGAGGUGGAAGAAAAUUGAGGAAAACGUAAAUAAGAUUGAUCAGGGGCUUGACAAGGAAAUUAAGGAUCUGCAGGCUUGGAUUAAUAACGCCGAGGAAACGCGCGGAAAGGCUGAGAAAAGAGCUAAAGAGGCCUUUUCCAUUCUCAGUUAUUAUAAGGACAAAGACAGAAAAAACAAGACAGAGCUUGCUGAAAAUAUUCAGAACAUUCUUGACGCUAAAGAACAGAUUGGAAAAAUUAAUAGUCAGCUUACAAAAAAUGUUGGUGACCUGGAACAGUGGAAAAAUGCGGCAGACGGUUUGCUUGGCAAUGUGAUUGGAGCGACGGGGACAGUGCGUGGGAAGUUGAGUCCAACUAGGACAAAAGAUGGGACUGAAGAGAACAAUAAAAUUGGCAUAAAUAUUGAGAAUAUACGUAACGCUAAAUUGCAACUUGAUCAGGCUAAAGAUAAUCUUGCCGCCCACCUUGGCAGUCUGGAGAGCUGGAAGGGAGAGGCUUAUACAGUGAUUGGAGCGGCGGUGCAGAAGGCGACGGAGGUGUAUGAGAAGUUGAAUCCUGAGAAGAAUGGACCUGCCGAUAAAAAUGUUAUUGGCACAAAUAUUAGUACAAUUGACGCCGCUCAAAAGGCAAUUGACACUGCGAAUAAAGAUCUUCAAACUGAAGUCUCCCACCUGAAUGAGUGGAAGACUGCGGCUGAGAAAAUCGUCCAAGCUGGGCAAAAUAAAUGUGAUGAGAUACUUACAAAAACUGAGAUAAAGAAUGGCGACCCUGUAAUUAAACAGCAAGCCGCCGCACUGCAGAAAAAAGCCACGGACCUUUUAACCGCUUACGAGAAGGCGUAUCCCAAAGUUGACGGUUUGAAAAAUCAAGUUGAACAGGCCAUUUCACAUUUGGAAGAGGGCAUAAAAACGGAUUUGGUUGACUUGCAACAGAGGAUUGUGAGCAGUAUGAAGAGCCAUGUUGGUUUGAUGCUUGGAGAAAUCAGAACGCAAGUGCAGGGGAUUAAAGGGGAGGCAGGGAAAGAUGACAAAAAUACAGGUGCCAAUGGCCUGGAUGGGAUUGUCACCGGAUUGGUGAACAGCUAUGCUGGCGGGUUCAGCGGGGAGUGGCCUUUUCAGAAAAUUGUAGAGGGAUGGUUGGAAAAGGUAUUGGGGAAGGAUGGUGCGAAUAAGAAGGAAGUUGAAAACUGGAUAAAUACGUACGUUACGGAGAAGGUGAGGUUGCUUGGUUUUUCAAUUGCCUCAUUCCGUGAUAAAAUUAUGGAGCAGACCAAGAAGACGCUUAACCAUGAAAUUCAGCAAGCCGGUGAAUUAGUUAAAGCGCAGAUGGAUUCUGCCGAAACCAUAGAAAAGAUCACGAAAACCAUAGAAGCCGUUAAGUCAGGCUGCGAUGAAUUCGUCAAGCAGCUGGAUGACAAAUUUAAGAAAGGAAUUAAGGCGCUUGCCCAGGAGAUUGUGAACAAGACUAACUAUCGUACCACCAACGACAAUCUCCAGCUCGUCACCGAAUUCACCCUCAUCGCUCUCCGCGCCACGGCCAACCAGGUUGGGGAGGAGAUUAAUUCUAUUCUGCUUGCCGACUACAGGAUGGGCAAGGACAGCGGUACAAGCAUCGCAAAGGAACUGGACAAAGCCGUGCAAGCAACCCGGGAUCUGGACAAGAAACUCGAAGCGGCGCAUCAAGCCACAAGUUCAGACGUCUCCAACGACCCGAAGAAUAACAUUUUGCAGAAAGUCAAGGAGAUUGAGCAGCAGGUUAAAAACGAAAUGAAAGAUAAUGGUCCUAAGGGUAUAAUUGUUGAAACCACUAUGGGGCAAUAUAAGAAGAAGAAAGAUCAAGAACCAAUUGGUGACGAGGGCAAGUAUCAAAAGUUGCUUAAAGAUAUCCCCCAGGCGAUGCAGCCUUUCAACACUCACGCUCAACUCACGGACGCCAGUAAAGUCGAACGACAAAAGGAACUAGUUACCCAGCAAUUUCAAGCGAUCGAACAAGAACUCCAAGCCAUUGCGUGGUUUGUUAAUAGUAAGAAGGGCGAAAAGCCUAAGACGCUGCCCCAGCCCACGGACCAAGAUGGUAUCAAGCAGCGGUUGGAUGAUUUGGAGAAUAUGCUUAAGGAGGCAGGGGCUUAUCAAAUUAUGUCUUCUUUAGGUGUAGGUAUUAAUAAAGAUGUCAAAGGCCUCCAAGCAAUUGAAGACAAGAUUAAAGAUCUGAAGACAAGGACGUAUGAUAUUAAAACCAAAGAAAUCGGAGAAGCUUUACCCAAUAUUACGCAGAAACUCGGAGAACUCAGGAACAAAUUGCAAAAUCCAGUCAACAAUGUAAAAGAUGAUGUUAUCAACAGGCUGUAUGAUCUGCAGUAUACUGGUCUCAAGCAAAAUGCUUGGUCACCAAACCGUCUCAGAAUAUAUGGCCUCGGUAAAAUACAUGGGGACAUUGCACAGCUUCAAAAAAAUCAGUUUACUGAGAAUCCAAGCACAAUUGGCGGCGCAGUUCACAUUAUUACCCAGUCACUGAAUAACCUCCAGAGUGAUUUGGACAAAAAAGUCACCGCCAAGCUGGAGAGAUUGAAAAGCUAUGGGCUUAAUCAUACGGAAAACUGGGAUGGCAACCACAAUGCAAAGGGAUUCGACACAAUCAAGGAGGGGAUUGAAAAGCACAAUGAAGAGUUGGGAAAACAGCCCAACGCUAUUGAAAAGGCCGUCGAAAACAUCAGAUUGGAACUCGCAAAAAUCGGAAUAAAGUUGCACAAUGUCAUGCUUGACGGUGACGUCGUAGACCACUUGAGGGUCCUGAGAACUUUAAUUUCCAAACAUAAUAACAGCCAAGGCCUCCAAGCGAUCUAUAAAGCCAUCGACGGCGUCCACACCUUGGUGCCGGUCGUCAACGCAAAACUCACCGAGCUGUGCGAGGCGAUUAAGAUGCCGGGCAUCAGCAUCAAGGAAGCAUUGGGGAGGCUGAAGGCUCUGAUCGAUCAUGACUACGUGGUCAUCAACGGCGGUGAGCAGCACGGCCUGAACGAAAUUAAGAAUGAGCUCAAGAGGCUGCGCGCCUAUCUUCUGAGCGGGCCCAUAGAGGCCUGCGAGCAAUUCCUCCGGGACGCAGACGCAACCGGCAGGCUGGCCAAGCAGAAAAUCAGGGAGCAUCUGCACCAACAGAUAAAAAUCGCCGAGGAUGCCAUGAUCGCGCAGGCCAACGCAAAUUACGUGUCAAGCGUGAAGCAGAUGCUGCAGCAGUACGCCUCGAAGGUGAACAGCGAGCUGGUCAAACUGCCCGACGAAAUCGAUCACGACUUGGCGAUAGGCUUCAAGGGCUUCGUGAAGCAGAUUGCUGGUGACAACAACGGAAACAUAAAUUUGCUCACGGACGCCGCCAACGUAGGCGAUUUGUCGUAUCGCUUCAACGUCUUCUGCGGCAGGUUGCGUAUGUACAUCGAGGCUGAGAUCAAGAGAGAGCACCACGAAAAUAUGUCACGAAGAAAUCCCAUUCCUAGGAGCCCUGAGACGCUGUACACCAAUCAGCUCGCCGAAAUUUACACAGCACUAAAUGACUUGCUUAGUCACUUAACUCGGCAAAAACACUACGACCGUGAGAUACGUGGUAAACUUGACAAACUCAUCGACGCUGUGAAUGCCCUCAGGCCACAAGGCUUUACUAAACCGAACAGCCCCCUGCUGGAUGGCAUCGGUGAAGGGCUGCGCGCUUUUGUCGCUGAGUUCACAAAUUGCUACAUCUCCGCGUACUCGGGAGCGCAGUGCCGGGAGGCGGACGCCGACAAGUACGCCAAGGUGUUGCUGAGCAUGGUUCCGAUGACGCACGACGCGCUGACCAACUUGGCAACCAAAUGCGGCACCAACUGGAAGACCAACAAAAUAUGCACGCUCACCCCCGACGGCAGGGACAACGGCCUGGGCAACUACCUUACCAAAUGCGGCUACAAGGUGUCUCCCACCGACGGACUCCAGGAGGGGGAGUUGCAGAAUCAAUUUUCGGGCGGCGCAGCGUAUGAGUUGCUUAAAUCACCAAUUCCAGACGUGAACAUCAAAAUGCUGGUCGACGGUGAGCCUCUAGAGAAUGGCAUUAAUGUCGUUGACUUAGUUGCGCUUUUCCAUAACAUGGUGUGUCGCUACCUCCAGGCGUGCCACCUUAAGGUGCACGCAUCGCCCAGGUACCCCUGCACGGUAAGGGACAUGCUGUCGUGGCUCUCUGGUCUGCAGUACACUCUAGUGGCAUACAAGUUGAAUGACCACUGCAGAGCGUUGCUCAAUCGGCAGUGCGACGAUAGCGAUAUUAUCAACAGGGACGACGAGGUCAUGGCACAGUGCAUUAAUAGUCUGCCGUACACUAUCGCAUCAGCGUGUUCAUACGCCAACUCGCUGCUUAUCGCAAUACAGGGCCACGGCCGUGGCUUUGACCUGGCAGCGUACCCCUACUCCGUCGACCUCGCCAACAACCGCGCUAAGCUCCACUACCCGGCCGACCCCGCCGAGCUACUAGACAUGAUGAGGGAGAUAGUAUGCCGCCUGUGCCCCGUGCUCUAUUUCCUCUACGCCCAGUGCUGCCGUGCCACCGCCGAAACCAAGGGCUGGCGGGAGUGCCACUACGGCCGGCAGGUGCCGCAGGCCACCGAUGCAAGUCACAGCUGCCCGCCAAACUCGCCGCUGCAGUCCUUCCUCUCAGACAGCUGUCUCAACCUCCUGCCGCAUAGGCUCACAGUUGUUGACAAUGCCAUCGAAUGUGCCAACUGCCCUUCCAACCAACCCGGCCAACAGUGCCUCACCCCGCUAGGCUUCUGUGACCUUGGCCUGGCAGCCUCCAUGAGACGCACCGGCAAGGAACUUGCCAAGUCACUCGGCCGUCUCUGCAGUGACGCCGACGCCUGCCUCUUCCAACUCUGCCGAACGCUGUCCUUGCUGUGCCCCUCAGCACCGCAGUCACUCGGCGACGUGUUCGCGUUGUUCACUCAUCUGCUCAGAACGUGGGACCACGAAUCGUCCCGGCGGGCGUACUCUCACCAUGAGUCAUACAUAUCGCACCUGAACGACGAGGCCAUUGACAAGCUGUUCCCGCUGUGGACUGAGCUCCACGGCAGUUACCAGAAUAGCAACCUCACCGACGCCCUCAAGGCACUCGCCGGCCAUGACCAUAACAACUCAGGGCACAAUGCCCUCUCCAGUCUCUCCGCCGAGCCGCCUUGUCAAACAACCAGUGGAUGCGCCCCCUUCCUGCAGCCACUGUCGCUGUACGCCAACCACACCUUCCCGCAGAAACACGCACAGCUCUGCCUCACCUGGGUGGUACACUUGGCAUGGCAGUUGUGGCAGCUGCUGCAACAACUGAGAGACGCCUUGGACAACAUCGACUGCACGGCCCACGGCUGCGCCACGUACCUCUGUCCCACCGGCAACCACGGCGGUGAGGACGCCUGUCACUGCCCGUCCAUCGUAGAAUGCGGCGGACCCCUGCCGACGCUCUACCGCUACGGAUUCACAUACCGCAACGCCCACGUCCUGGUCGCCGGCAGCCAGAAGAUGCGCUGCAGUGACAUCAACGGACAACUCAACAAGACACUGCAUUCCAACCACUUCACGGAGUUAUUCCACCAAAUCGACGAACUCCUGUGGUACAUCCGCAUGCCAUUUCUCUUCACCCUCGUCGCACUGUGGUCCAUCGCAUUCUUCCUCCUCAUACACACGCUGCUCUACCGUCUGGAUGUCUUGCGCAUACGAUCUCACUUAAUGCGCACCAAGGCGUCCCACCUCAUCGAUGCCAAGGCCUUACUCACUAAAGGCCGGAGGAUGCUUUCACUCCACCACGGCGUUGACUACUUCGACGACGAACCUGUUGACUAA